GGAACGUGUCCUUCAGGUUCUAUCCGAUAAUGAUAACGCGAUACAACCUACAAACCCGAGCUUGAUGAGAUCGUCUCGUACAGAAAAAGAUACGGAUGUCGCCAAAGUAACAGAUGAAAUAUGUGAUACCUAA